AUGGAUCAGAUUGUUCAUCUGUCCAAUGCUGCGGUCCAAAUAAUCGCUCCGGUCCUGAGACAGGGAGGCGGGAGCGUCCUGCUGAGGAGUAAUCAGCGACACGCCAAACACACCCAGAUUAUUGGCCGCUGCCGCCAUCUGUGCUCCGAGCCGGAUUAUUUUGUCCCGUUCUUUUCGUCUGGGUACAAGAGCCAUGCGCUGCAAGGAGAUCUCUGGGUGUGCUCUGUGGCUCUCAGAGCCCGCUUCUCUCUGGCUGCUCUCUCCCUGUAUUCACAGCACUUUCCCCAGCUUUCCAACACUAAUUACUGGGGAGCCAUUCUGCAGAGCGAGUCCACUAAAGUCAAGAAAGCUGAACUCAUGGAUCCUCAGACAGUGAUGUGGAAAUCCUGUGUCGUGUGGCUGCUGCUGCUCACUCUGUGCCUCAGAAACACAUCAUCAGCUGCUGUGAGUGUGGAGGAACAUCCGGAUGAACAUCUGGAGAAACAUCUGGAGGAACAUCUGGAGGAACACCUGGAUGAACAUCUGGAGAAACAUCUGGAGGAACAUCUGGAGGAUAAUCUGAAGGAACAUCUGGAGGAACAUCCGGAGUAUAAUCUGGAGUACUGUCUUCACGACACAGACUACGAUGUACUCCUGAAGACGGUGCAGAGCGGCCUUCCUCACAUCAACUCCUCCCAUCACGUGGUCAUCGUCGGGGCCGGGGCUGCAGGACUGACGGCUGCAAAGCUGCUGCAGGACGCCGGGCACCAGGUAACCAUAGUAGAGUCCAGUGAGCGUGUUGGAGGCCGGGUGCAUACCCACAGGAACAAGACGGAGGGAUGGUACGCUGACCUUGGAGCCAUGAGGAUCCCCAGCUUUCACCACAUCCUCCUCUGGUUUGCUAAAGAACUGGGAGUGAAGCUGAAUCCAUUCAUCAUGGAGGACCUGAACACGUUCUACCUGGUGAACGGGCUGCUGAAGAAGACGUACGCUGUGAAGGCUGAUCCAAACAUCCUGGAGUAUAACGUGUGGAAGAGCGAGAGGGGGAAGUCUGCAAACCAGCUAAUGCAGGGAGCUAUGCAGAAGGUGAAAGAUUAUGUGAAGGCACAUGGCUGCAAAGCUGCGCUCCAGAAGUACGACCCGUACUCUUUGGAGGAUUAUCUGAAUGGAGAAGACUUGAGUAAGGAGGCGAUAAGGAUGAUCGGAGACCUACUGAACCAAGAUAGCCUGAUGAACAUGGCUCUGACCGAGGCUAUCUACAUCCGUGGCGACGUCAGAAGCACCAUCAAGUACUUCGAGGUGACGGGCGGGACUGAUCUGCUGACCACAGCUUUCCUCAAUGUCCUCCACGUCCCAAUCCUCCUCAACUCUAAGGUGAAACGUAUCCGCCAAUCAGAUCGAGGGGUCAUCGUGUCCUAUCAGACCGAUCGAGAACUUCCUCUUAUUGACCUUCAUGCUGACGUUGUCCUGGUGACCACCACGGCCAAAGCAGCCAUUUUCAUCGACUUUGAUCCGCCUCUGCCCAUUAAAAAGAUGGAAGUCAUGAGGGCAGUCCACUACGGAAGCUCCACUAAGGUCAUCCUCACUUUUAGAGAGAAGUUCUGGUUGGAGGACGGCAUCCAUGGCGGGCAGAGCAUCACCGACGGUCCUUCUCGGUUCAUCUACUACCCGAGUCACAGUUUCCCGACCAAUAAAGACAUCGGGGUUCUGCUGGCUUCCUACACCUGGGCCGCGGACUCCGUCCUCUUCAUGGGAGCGAGUGACGAAGACCUCAAGGAGCUGAUGCUGAGAGACUUGGAGCGGAUCCACGGGAAGAAAGUGAGGGCUCUUUGCACCGGGGUGGUCGUGAAGAAGUGGAGCACCGAUCCUCACAGCCUGGGCGCCUUUGCUCUCUUCACUCCCUACGAGCAUUUAUACCAGUACGCCGAGGAGCUGUUCAAAAGUGAAGGCAGGAUCUACUUUGCCGGGGAACACACCGCCUUCCCUCACGCCUGGAUCGAGACGGCCAUGAAGUCCGCGAUCAGGGCGGCUACUAACAUGAACGAAGAGGCAGCGAGAGCUCAACAGCAUCACGAGAUGUAGCGUACCUCUGAGAUACUAAGUUACUUAGUGCACCACUGGCCAAAAGUAAUCAUAUCCUUUAAUUAAACUGUUAUUUUCUUCACAAACCGUUACAAUCAUAACAUAAUAUGGAGAUAUUAUAGAGCACGUUUUUAAUUGAAGAGAGUUUGUAUAUUAUGCAGUAACAAGCUGAAAACACUUAAAACUAUCCAAAAACCCUUAAAACAAAUCUGAAUCUAACAAAAUGAAUUCUAUGUCUCUUAACAUUGGUAAAAAAUGUCUAAGAUAUAAUAAAUAUGGUGCAGGGAUGUUGUAUUUGACCCUGAAGGCUGGUUCCUUUCACAAAAAGCCAAUGGGAUUUCUCAUGUGAUUUUGGAUUAUUACAGAAAAUACAAACACACGUUUAUGAUACUUGGACGUUUAGUUCAGCAGGUUAAUCUCACAUAUUAACACCACCUCUUGAUUUCUGGAGUGAAAAGCUGUGGCCGUGCUCUAAUUCGUUAUCUCUGUAUUUGUGUUGAUUGUAAGUAAGCUUAAGAAUCAUAAAGUGGGUUUCUUUGUAGUUGUAGUCCUGUGUGUGUUUCACAGGGACAUGUUUGACCUGUCAGGAAGGGCAAAAGGUGGAUUUGCAAAUGGUUGAGCACUGGGAGGUUUAAUGGUUUAGUUUAAUGAUGGGGAUGUUUAGAUAAUGCCUGAGAGAAUUGAAGGGUGGGACCAGUUGGAUAUUCUCUCUACAUAUAAUGAGACUGUAAGCUGUGUUCUGGGGUCGAAGCCAUUUCAUCCUGAUGAUGAAGCUGCUCUGUUCCUGCAUUUGGGAUCGAUUUCAAUUCUAUAUGGACUUUCUUUAUUACUUUAUUAAAUAUAACAAAAAACAAA